AUGUACAGUGGUACUUUUUGCGGGACUUUGGGACGCACUCUUUCAUUACUGCCGCAGCGGUGGUGCUGUGUGACUCCGCAUAGCAGCUUGCAUGUGGCUGUGCGGCUUGUGAGCAGCUCGGGCAUUCCGAUUGCAAAUUACUACAAGCGCCUCGGCGUCGACUGCGCGGCAACGGCGGAGGAGAUGAAGGCCGCGUACCGGCGCCGCGCACUGGAAUGCCACCCUGAUGUGGUGAGCGACGAUCAAAAGGCACGGGCGGAAAUGGAGUUUCGCGCCAUUUCUGAGGCAUACGACGUGCUGAUGGAUCCUCAAAAGCGUUCAGAGCAUGACAAGUCCCUUGGACUGGAUCGGGUGGCUUCGCAAAAAACAACGGCAGAGAGGCAAGGCUCGGCGGCAGCAGAAGCGUCGACCUCCUCCAGAGUUUCUUCGACGCGUCGUCGGAAGCCGUUUGUGCGCGGUGAUGCGGAACGCAAGUUUCGUGAAGCGUUUCAUGGCAUGUCUAUUGAUCAGGUCAUAUUUCAGGAGCGAUUGCGGCAGCGCCGGGAAGGUAAAAAGCAGCAUGGGGAGGCGGCGUCUCCUUCUUCUCGCGAGGAGUCGUUUCGGCGUGUUCUGGUGGAUGCCGCGGAGCGAUUCUCUGAAAAGGUGCGGCGGCAGUACGGUCCCAGUAUGUUGCGGCACGUGAAGUUGCAGUCGGUGCCACCUAGUGGCCCACGGCCGCCGCCCUCUGAUUACAUGCCAUUUCGCCCGUUUUAUGGCUGGUUUGCGCCAGAGGGCGUCCGCACAGUGCCCGAGCCAAGGAUGGGCCCCACAUCACACGUAAAUGAGGAAAAUGUGGAGUUCGAGGGGCCAUCGACACCUACGCGGAGGGAUCUGCCGAAACAUUUCCCGACCGUGAGAGCGUUGGAUGGCUCUGUCAUGAGUCGGGCCGAUGCGAUGCGGCACCUCGAGAGAGAACGAAAUGCGCCGUAUAAUAUGGGGAAACUGUACUCGUACCACCGACCAUAUUGA